GCUCAAUAGAAGCAGAUCACAAACAGCAAACAAAAAAAAACUUUCAACUAUCUUGUGAAUUUUAAAAUAUUCAAACAAAAUGCAAUCCGUCAUCACAUUUACUUUUGUCCUGUCGCUUGUUUUGGCUAUUGGUCAAUCGGCUCCCAUUAUCUCUUCUACGGAUAUUAGCGGCAAUCCAGUUCCCAUCACAUCACAGACGGAUAUCACUGGCGAAUUAGUCCGUCAGAAGCGUGCCAAUCGGGAUUACUAUCAGGGAGACUACUUCAUCUGUUAUCCCAGCAGUGCGGUCUAUGGCCAACACGGAGCUGCCACCUUAACUCUGGCCAAUCGUCGCUCCGACAAUGGUUACUCAUCGGGCAAUUCGCCUUUUGACUCCUUCGAGGCUCGCAAGGAUCGUGCUGAUCGUGAACGUGCUGCCUAUACCGAUAGCUAUGGCAAAUAAGCAAUUAUUUAUUGCCUUUUUAUCUUUUGUUGUUAAUACCAAUUUGUUAUUUAUUUUAAGGGAUAUGAACAGGUCUAUAUUUAUUGUUAAAACAUGUUGAUAAAUUAUAUUAUUUAUUAUUUA